AUGUUCAAAUGGCGGUGCAAUUUUUUAUUUUCCAACGAGAAGGUAGAACAUAGAUGUGGGCCGAGUAAAUCAAUAGAUAGUGUUGAUAGUAUUGGACAUACAGAUAGAAGUGAACAACCUAUUCUAAAUGAUAUGGAGAAAAAGGUUCCUAGUUGGAAUCGUAUUAGUAAUUAUAGUUUCAAUAAUGUUGAUUAUUUAUUUGAUAUCAGGAAUAUUUGGAGUUUGAUCUCUGAUGACACUUUUUUUGUUAAGGAUAGUAAUGGUGAUCAUUACUCUAUAUUUUUUGAUAUUGAAAAUCAUAUUUUUGAGGUUGACAAUGAUAGUUCCUUUAUGAGUGAACUAGAAAUUAUUGUUUCUAGUUAUUUGAAUAGGGGGUCUAAGUCUAAGAAAAAGAAUCAUACAUGUAAUGAUACUGAAUCCAGUUGGAAAAAGAACAUUAUUAGUAGCAUUGAUAGUUAUCUUCGUUUUGAAGUCAGUAUUAAUAGUUCUAUUUCGAGUAGUACCAACAAUUACAGUGAAAGUUACAUUUAUAAUUUCAUUUGUACUGAAAAUAAAAAUAGUAGUGAGAGUGAUCGUUCUAGUAUAAGAACUAGUCAAAAUAUCGAUGAUUUGGAUAUUAGAGUAGAAUCCAAUCAUAAUGAUAAUCCUUUCCAUAAAUUCAGACAUUUAUGGGUUCAAUGUGAAAAUUGUUAUGAAUCACAUUAUAAACAAUUUUUUGGUGAAAAAAUGUAUAUUUGUGAAUUUUGUGGAUAUCAUUUGAAAAUGAGUAGUUCAGAUAGAAUUGAACUUUCGAUUGAUCCCGGAACUUGGGAUCCCAUGGAUGAAGAUAUGGUAUCUGUAGACCCCAUUGAAUUUGAUUCACCCGUUGAAUUUGAUGAAGAACCGGAUUCUGAUAGAGAUCAUAUCGAUUUUUCAGAAGAAGAACUGGAUUCUGAUUCUUAUAUAGAUCGUAUCGAUUCUUAUCAAAGAAAGACAGGUUUAACUGAAGCUGUUCAAACAGGCAUAGGUCAACUAAAUGGUAUUCCCGUAGCUAUUGGCGUUAUGGAUUUUCAGUUUAUGGGGGGUAGUAUGGGAUCCGUAGUAGGCGAGAAAAUUACUCGUUUGAUCGAAUAUGCUACUAAUCGAUCUCUACCUGUCAUUAUUGUGUGUGCUUCUGGAGGAGCACGCAUGCAAGAAGGAAGUUUGAGCUUGAUGCAAAUGGCUAAAAUUUCUUCUGCUUUAUAUAAUUAUCAAUUAGAUAAAAAGUUAUUCUAUGUAGCAAUUCUUACAGAUCCUACAACCGGUGGAGUAACAGCCAGUUUUGCUAUGUUAGGAGAUAUCAUUAUUGCUGAACCUAAUGCAACCAUUGCAUUUGCGGGUAAAAGAGUAAUUGAACAAACAUUAAAUACGACAGUACCCGAGGGUUCACAAACAUCUGAGUAUUUAUUCGAAAAAGGUUUAUUCGACCUAAUAGUACCACGUAAUCUUUUAAAAGGUGUUCUGAGUGAGUUAUUUCAACUCCACGGUUUCUUUCCUUUGAAUCACAGUUCCAAAAAUUAA